AGUUAAUGUCCACUCAUGUUGAAUGUAUUUUAUAAAUCAAACACAAAUCUAUAGGUUUUAUUUGUAUUUCGUUAACAAACUUUGCGCAAAACCUGCGCAAGCUUGAUUUCCUGCACACCGAUGCUAAUGAGCUAACUGCACUCUUCCUGUGUGCAUUCGUCAGAAAGAUAAGUGCGACUCGUUUAUCGUCGCCAAACCUCAAAUAUGACGACAGUAAGUUAAGUUUGGAAACAGAUGGAUACUCGCAACCAUUUAUGUCAAGGGCAAUUGCUGGGAAAGGUCUACAUUCAGACUCGAACGGCUUAAAAAUAUAAGCUAAGCUACAUGUUAACGUUGCAAAGACCAGGGUAGUCUCUCAAGGGGUAUAGCUGGUCAACUCAAAACAGAGUUUUUUUUUUCUCAGACGGAAAUAAACUCUCUUUCCAGAGAUGUCGUGGUUCAAUCACGUCAGUCAAGGCUCAAAUCAGCAACAGCAGCCCACUGACAGACUCUCAGCCACAGACAUGUUGUGCAGCACCCUUCACUCAAGGCAGAAAGAGGGGUCACCGACCAUGGCAGCACAACACUGGACCGGCUUUUCCACUCCCAGCCCAGAGGACUUUCCAUCAGCUCCACGGGGAGUAGUCAGCCCUCUCAGCCUUGAGAACAUGCUCUGCGCCUCUCACAGCGCAGGUAGGAUGAGAGAGCUGGAGCCCAUCUCCUAUGUGAGCCUCCAGGAGCAGCGGUGUGUCCUGAGUUGGUUCCAGGGCUGGACCCCUCCUCAGAGGGAGCGCUUCAUGCAGGACCUCCUGGGGAAAGCUGUACCCGGGAAAGUGUGCACCCUCCUAAAUUCACUCAGCACUCUUCAGGUUAUGGACAGACUACCAAACAUCUUUGAGUGCCAGCUGCGCCUGUGGUCCCAGUGGUUCGAGUCUUGGGGAGAAGAGGAAAGGAAUCAUUUCCUGCACAUUCUGGAAGAGCGGGACCCAGUUUUUGUUGCCCACUUUUACAGGAGCGUAGCCGGUACAGCAGGAAGAGAUUGACCAAUGUGAUGGGAAAGCUAACAAAAUGUGUGGGGAACGUGUGUUAGGUUAGGAUAGUUUUCUUACAAUAAAUGUUUUUGUUACUGUGAACGGAUGUAACGUUGAAGGCAAACCAUUUUGUUGUAAACACAGAAGUUUUCUUUUAAUUUAAGCUGUUAUUAUUUAGUUUCCUUCAUCAGUUUGGGCUACAUCCAAUGUUACACCACUUUUUUCUUUUUAUAAAUCAAGUUCAAAACUUUUUUUGCUUCAACCCUGUAUAAUGAGUAGAGCUCUGCCAUUUAGGGACCCAAUAGAGUGGUGCAGUGACGAUGUAUUUUUAUAGGCUGACCCGGAAGUUAGCAUUGCAAGGGCUCACUCUAAAAUAAGCAAUGGGAUUUUUCCACUGGAUUUGGAAUAUUGCUAAACAAAUGUAAUCUUUGGCCAACACGUUUAUGAUACUUCCACGUGUUGUUCAGCAGGAUAAUCUCCACAUAUUAACACCACUUUUAUGAUUUUUGAAGCGUAAAUGCAAUCACCAGAAGCAAAAAGCUAUCGUUAGGGCUAUAAACAAACCACAUCACUGUCAGAGGACUUCACGUAACCAUCGCUAAGCUUCCGUGUUCGGCAUGAUAACGUUUAUUGCUAAUGAGACUCUCUCCUGCACUACUCUAUGGUGUUCACUUGGUUGAAACAUAGUUACGCUUACAAGCUUACUAUCUUUGUACAGGGCCUGCUGAUUGAAAGACCUUGAAUUACAUGGACAAGGGCACACAUGCUUUUUGAAUAUAGAAACAAUAAACAAAAUCCAUUUUAUUGUCUGAAACAUUCUGCAGCAUGUAAGUAUGUCUGAAGGUGCAGGGAUAUUUUUUUACAACAUACUGAAAUACAUAGCUGAGAUUUGAAACAAUGGACAAACAAACCUUGCCCUGUUCUCUAUUUGAUCCAGUCUACUGAUCCAGGAGAGCUUAUCACUAUAGGUGUCUGACCUUCAACUUCCUCAACACAAAAAUUGAUAAAUGGAUAGAUUUUGUCCGUAUAGCUUUGCUGCACAAAGGAGUACAAGUGAGAUCUGGCGCCAGCGUCGUAAAACGAGAUCUGGCCCUUUUUAUAGUCCAGCAGAAUCCCCAAUCUAAGAGGUUGCGUCUCAAGUGGAAUAAUAGCAUGUCUUCUUUCAACAGCUUUAAACUAAUCCUGUUUGUCGAGGACUACAGUCCCGAAACCUUUUGUCGGACUGAAAAUGAUCGUUCCUCUUCUUUGGGCAGAUUCACUGGCCAUACCGAGGUGGUAACAAAGCUUUCCGGCUACAGACACCUCCCAGUAAUGUCUGCCAGAAGAGAAGCCGACCAUGCCCAGGACAGCGAGAGCGAUAUUAAAUCUGCCCGGGUGGUCAGGGACAUUUUGUAUAUGCUCAGUAGUGGACAUCUCUGAGUUAUCUGCCGACAGCAAUAUUCGCGGGUUGGCUGUGUUUGGAUCCAAGGUCGACUUCGCUGUAAAACGGAAGAAAAAUGUAGUCUAUCAUAUGUAACUUAACAUGAAUUGAAAGUGAUUAGAAGUACACCAGUGAUAUUGUUUUAGAUAAAAAUGUCCAAAUAAUCCUCAGGCUGACAGCUUCAAAGAAAUGAAAUAAAGUCUUGUGUGUGACUCA